UGUAGUAACUCUUGCUGGAGCAGUGAAUCAGUGCCAGUAGUUCUCGAGUAGUUUGACGCGCAACAGGUGUAUUCUGGAAAUAUGGAACCGACUGAGGACGCCGUUUCGAUCCAAAAUCUACCGGAUGAGAUGCUGGAGAAAAUCUUCUCCAAACUCAGCCUGGAGUAUCGCAAAUCCGCCUCACUAGUGUGUCACCGCUGGAACCCACUGGCAAUCCGUCCAGCUGACGUUCUUCUGGUAGUCGAUUGCCAUCGUGACACUGUCGAAACUUAUCGUCAAUACCUGCUGACCUCGAGCCGGUCGUACAAACAUCUCCUCAUCGCUGCCUUCAAUAACUCAGAGAUGGAGAGCUUGGCACAAUUGCUCGUCACUCGGUUUCGUCACGCGCUGUUAUCUUUGCAACUAGAUAGGUUGAGUGAUUGGCGCUCGAUCUGGAACCUUGGCUCGCACCUCCACUGUCUAAACAUUGCGAAAUGUUUCGGCGACCACUGCGACUUCCAAAACGACCAAGCGUUACACCCCUUACCCAAUUUGCGCCACCUCAAGAUCACCGCCGAGUUUCUGCACCUUCCCGGCGUCGACCUACCCUCGCUAACCCCCAACCUAACCUCACUCAGCGUGGAGUUCCAGAAGCGACCCGUAGACUACGACAUCCCGGCAAACGUCCUUCAAUUCCUCUCCCCCCGUCUAACACAGCUCUUCCUAAAAGUCGACUGGUCCCACGACAACCUGGACUUUAUCCGUCCCAUCUGGCAGCAUCGCUUCCCGCUGCUAACCCGUUUCAAGUGCGACGUCCUACGGUCCAGCGCCGGCGGUUACGCCAACAGCUACGAGCUGGAACACUUCCUGAAGAGCUGCACAAGCCUGCGUGCCAUCUCGCUGGAUGGACUCACCCAGGAGGCGCGAUUCUUCCGGAACCUCAGCCUGGCGUGCGUAAACCUCCGCGAGCUGUCCUUCCGGGCGGCGAUUCUCGGGCAGGAACACUUUCUGCAUCUCUGCCAGAUGCCGCAGCUGCGGCGGUUGUACGUGUGUCAGGCAAAGCUGACGUUUCGAACGGCGAACUUCCAGUAUCCGACUAGUGGCGUCCGAGAUUUAGUACUUGAAAGGGCGGACAUUUGGAACGUGGAGCGAUUCAACCGCUUCAUCGCGAUGGCGUUUCCGGCGUUGGUCAGUCUACGGAUGAACUACUUCAAAAGUUCGGCAGCGGGAUCGCUACGGCUUGCAAACUUGCAACGGCUUGAAGAGCUGCACCUAGAGGAGCACGGCGCCCUGGACCUGCACCUCCUGGAAGACUUUGCAACACUACCCAAACUUCACUCCGUCAAGCUCGGAUCACCUCAAUUUGACGUCCUGAGCUUCCAGCCCCGGCCCAGGCUGGACCACAUUCGAGCGCUCGGCCUGCGGACCCAGUUCAACGAUGAGUACCUGCUGCGGCUAGCCGAACUGUUCCCGCGGCUUGCUAGUCUGCAGCUCUGUGGAAGACCACUACAUACGGAAGGAGGUCGCGAAGCGGUCCGGAAGUUGCUGCCGGGGUGCGAUUUACGACUACCUGUCGAAGGGGAGAUUGUCCCUCUGCGAUACUUUACGCCAUUUUCCAUGAUGGUGGAGAGGCGGUGCUGUGAUGAUGAUUAAUUUUCAUCGACAAAAUAAAAACAAGUUUUUCUUCAAAAAUAAACAAAAACAAAGUUAAAGUUCAUUUGCGAUGAACGCAAGUUCAUCUAUUUGACAGAUUGCACGCGCCAACGAGACAUAACCACGCUUUCUUUUGUUGUCAACUUGCGUGAACACUGAAGAUUCAUGCUUGUUUUCGAAUGUAGAAAUUCAUCAAUCCGCGUAGAGCUACGUGUUGCAGUUUGUUUUGCCAUGGAGUGGAAGACGUUUUUCCAAUCCAAGAACAUAUUGGGACUGGUAUUGUCCUUUCUCAGCUUGAAAGACCAGAAAUCGGCCUCAUCGGUUUGUCGCCGGUGGAGUCGACUCGCAGUUCGUCCGGCGAACAUAGUUCUGGUACUAGAUUCGAACCGGGACAUGGUUGAAAACUACCUCAACUACUCGAUCACCUCGGACAACGCCGAACUCGCAGCAGAGGGGGUGAUCAACAGGUUUCGUCACAGUUUGCUCUAGUUGGAACUCCGCGAUUUCCGGCACAUUUGGAAACUUUGCUCGAACAGUGCUUCGGUGACGAAUCUCACGACGCUCAACGUUGACUCGGAAUCCUACGACAUGCCUAAGAACGUUCUGGAUUACUUCGCUCCUCGUUUGACACAUUACACAUAAAGUACACCUCCGAAGAACCUCUACGGCUGUCAAACUUCACCUGGAAAACACGAACUUUGGCUUAAAUUCUGACCUGCAUAUCGGUAGGAUCUCUGGAGUUCAACAUCAACAAGCUGAAAGUCAAGCCUGACUUGAGUCACAUCAAGCGGUUCAGCGUCUGGACCCAGCUGGACGACAAUCGACUUAAGCUGCUGACAGGACUGUUUCCCGCGCUGACAAUUCUGUAGCUCUGCGGACGCCUCAAGAGCACAGCGAAAGGACUCCGAACGGCGAAAAAGUUGCUUCCGGCAAGCUGCGAGGUUCAUCUGUUUGCCGAUGGGGAGCUACUUCCGCGACGUGACUUGAAGAUGCGGAAGGAUUGGUGCUGUGAGUGGAGAAAUGAGCUUAACGACUACGACUAAGACUCCGACUCCCCCAAAAACCUGAAUUCAUCGACUACGACUCGACAUCUCUUAUCAGUAUAACCGCGAUGCCGCGAUGAAUCAAAACAACGCAUUCACUGCCACCUGUUGCUUCAGGCAGAGAGUUCAUCACAAGUUCAUCGGUUUGACAGUUCGCCUAGCGGGGAUUCACCAUGCAAUCGAGCGGUGAUUCACAGCCUGUGAAUGUUUUGCUGCCUAUUUUAAGAAAGUUACUCAAAGUUAUUAAAUUGUGAUAAAUCGUA